AUGACAGAAUCAAGAGAGAAAUCUUGUAUAUUAGAAGAUAAGAAAACAACUGAAGAUUCAUUAUUAAAUAAAACAAUGCGAGCUACAGGAUUACACGCAAUUUUAGUUAAUCCUCGACAAAAAGAAAACCCUAUCAUUAAACAUAUUCGUAAUGUACCUUUGGAAUAUAAAGAUAGUAUGGCGGAUUAUAUACUUGGAACUACUACAUGUGCACUUUUUUUAAGUCUUCGGUAUCAUCAACUUUAUCCAGAAUAUAUCUAUCAUAGAAUUCAAAUGCUUGGAAAAAGAUAUCUUUUGAGAAUACUAUUAAUUUUGGUAGACGUUGAUAAUCAUGAAACUCCAAUUCGUGAAUUAACAAAAACAUGUGUUAUAUAUAACUUUACAAUGAUCCUUUCAUGGAGUUUUUUAGAAGCAGGAAGAUAUUUAGAAACAUAUAAAUCGUUUGAACAUGCAUCCUUUAAUACGAUUCAAGGAAGAAAUUCGGAUGAUUAUUAUAGUAGACUUGUAGAAUGCUUUUCAACAAUGAGAAAUAUUAAUAGAGACGAUGCCUUUUCUAUUAUCGGGAACUUUAGAAGCUUAAAACGUGCUAUUAAUGCAGAUAAAGAAGAAAUUAUGAUGAUAGGUGGCUGGGGAGAACAAAAGGCAGGCCGGUUUAAAAAAACAGUAACAUUACCAUUUAUUGUAAAAGAUUCCCAAAAAUAA